UUUGUGUGUGUGCUCCACGAUCGACUGAGCUGAGAGAGUGUGCUCGGCUUUCUUCCUUCCUUCCGCGUUCGGCGCAUUGUAUAUUGUUUCUGCUCUGCCCGCGUGCUCCCCACCCUCGAGCCUCGACUCCCCCCACACUCUCCACUGACAAGAAACCAUCUCCAGCGAACAUCUUCUGCCGGAUCUGAUGGCGGCCGCGAUUGGGUGGCUGGUUGAGACCAUCUCUGCAACCCUCAAGAUCGACAAGCUCGAUGCCUGGAUUCGGCAAGUCGGACUUGCCGAUGACAUCCAGAAGCUCAAGUGGGAGAUCUGGAAAGUCCAGACAGUGGUCACUACUGCCAAGAGCAGGGGUGUCCCAAACGAGCUUCUGGAUGAAGCUUUCGCUCUUGUCGAAGAGCGGCUCCAUGAAGCCGACGACGUGGUCGACGAGCUCGACUACUACAGGCUCCAACAGCAAGUCCAAGGUCUGCCUGCCCCUGCAGAUCCAAGCGAGCCAGUCCCACUCCCACUCCCAGGAGCACUGGCCACAAGAGGCGAACCCGAAGGCGUGCUUGUAGCUGAGCCAGUCGAUGAGGGCGAUGCUGAUGCACCGCAGAGGAGUGCUGGCAAAUUACGGUCCGUGGUAUGGGAACACUUCAGGAUCACAGAACAUGUUAAUGGAAAACCCAUCAAAGCAGUAUGUCGAUACUGUGGCAAUGAGUUUAAGUGUGACACCAAGACGAACGGUACAUCAUCUAUGAAAAAGCAUUUGGAGAAUGAGCAUUCUGUGACUUGUGCAACGAAACCUCCUGGAGCACAUCUGCCAAACCCUUCAAGUACUGGUGAGCCUAUCGUUGGCAGCUCAUCAGGCGGAAAAGGAAAGAAACGACGGUCCAAGGCAUGGGAUAAUUAUGAAGUUAUAGAAAAUGAAAACACACAGCCAAUCAAGGCAAAAUGUAAAUACUGCGACAAAGAGAUCAAGUGCGGGGGGAAGACAGGUACAUCAGGUAUGCAUAACCAUACCAAGAUUUGUGAAAAGAAACGUGGACAAGAUGACCAGCAGCCGCCAAACCUGCCAAGCACCAGUGAUGCUAUUGCAAAUGUGACACAUAUUGUAGUUGGUGAUUCAUCUAGCAGGAAAAAAAGCAGAGUGGAUGAGGAGUCAGCACAUAUCACUGCAGCCAAUACACACACCACCCCUUGUGACAAGACUACAAUAUCCGAUAGGAUACAAGAAAUCGUCAGUCAGUUGCAAGUUAUCCGAGGACAAGUGAGUGAGGUUGUCAAGCUGCAUGGACCAGACAUACCUUCGAGUUCUAAUCACCAUCAGAGUACAACCUUAGAUCAGCACCUAAGGACAUCAAGUCUUGUUCCAUGGAAUGUGUGUGGAAGAGUUGCAGAAAAGAACUCCAUUAUAAAGAUGAUAACAGAAGAAAAAUCUGAUGGUGUAGUUGUUCUACCUAUUGUAGGCAUUGCAGGUGUUGGGAAAACAACUCUUGCUCAACUUGUAUACAGUGAUCCAGAUGUGCAACGUCAAUUUGACCAAAGGAUAUGGGUUUUGGUGUCUCGCAACUUUUAUGAAAUGAGGCUCACAAGAGAUAUGUUGAGCAUUGUUUCUUGCGAAAGGCAUGAAGGAGUAGACUGCUUUGUGAAGCUUCAAGAGAUCUUGAGGAGUCGUGUCAAAUCAAAGAGAGUUUUACUUAUUUUAGAUGACGUCUGGGAUGACAAGAAUGAUUACCGAUGGAACCAACUAUUGGCUCCUUUUCGGCAUGACAAUGCUGUUGGCAAUGUGAUUCUUGUGACAACUAGAAAACUAUCUGUUGCAAAAAUGAUUGGAACAACAGAGCCCGUUAAGUUAGGUGCUUUGGAAAGUGAGGACUUCUACUUCUUGUUCAAAUCAUGUGCAUUGGGUGAUGGAAGAAACGAUUGUCCUGGAAAUCUUUGCACAAUUGGAAAGCAAAUAGUAAAGAAGUUACAGGGCAACCCGUUAGUAGCAAUAACUACGGGGUUGCUAUUAAGAGAUCAUCUUACCGUUGACCACUGGAGUGACAUUCUAAGAAAAGAAAGUUGGAAAUCACUGGGACUCAGUGGAGGCAUCAUGCCUGCUUUGAAGCUUAGUUAUGAUGAACUACCAUACCGUUUACAACAAUGUUUCUCCUACUGUUCUAUAUUUCCUAGCAAAUACAGGUUUCUUGGUAAGGAUUUGGUCUAUAUUUGGAUUUCUCAGGGAUUUGUGAAUUGCACCCAAAAUAAGAGAUUGGAGGAUACAGGAUGGGAAUACCUGAAUCAAUUGGUAAACCUGGGAUUCUUUGAACAAACUGAAGAACAACAAGAAUUGCAUGAGGAAGAAGAAUUCUCUCUACGGCGUCAGAUUUGGUACUCUAUGUGUGAUCUCAUGCAUGAUUUUGCAAGGAUGGUUUCAAGGACUGAAUGUGCGACUAUAGAUGGUCUACAGUGCAAUAAAAUAUUGCCAACUGUACAGCAUUUGUCAAUAGUAACCGGUUCUGCAUACAACAAAGAUCUGCACGGGAACAUUCCUCACAAUGAGAAGUUUGAAGAAAAUCUGAGAAAUUCAGUUACAUCAGUUACCAAGUUGAGAACAUUGGUUGUACUUGGAAAAUUUGACUCUUCCUUUGUACUGUUGUUCCAAGAUAUAUUCCAAAAGGCACAAAAUUUACGCCUGCUACGAGUAUCUUCAUUAUCCACUGGUUUUAAUUCCUUCCUGUGCAGUUUGGCAAAUCCUUUGCAUCUUUGUUACCUAAAACUUGAGUUGGAUGGGAUUGUGCCACAAGUUUUGAGUACGUUUUUUCAUCUUCAAGUAUUAGAUGUUGGAUCAAGCAUGGAUACUUCUCUACCCAAUGGCUUGUUGCAUAAUCUUGUUAGCCUGCGACAUCUUGUUGCACACAAGAGAGUCCAUUCUUCCAUUACUAGCAUUGGUAACCUGACAUCUAUCCAGGAGCUACAUGAUUUUGAGGUUCGAAUUUCUAGCGGCUUUGAGAUAACACAACUCAAAUACAUGAACGAGCUUGUUCAACUUGGGGUGUCUCAGCUUGACAGUGUUAAAACCCGGGAGGAGGCUUAUGGAGCAGGACUAAGAAACAAGGAACACUUAGAAGAGCUUCACUUGUCCUGGAAGGAUGCAUAUUCAGAGGAUGAGCAUGCCAGUGACACUAGAUUUGAAUCUUCUGCAAACAUGGCCAGAGAAGUGAUUGAGGGUCUUGAACCACACAUGGAUUUAAAACAUCUACAAAUAUCUCGGUAUAAUGGUACCACUUCACCAGCUUGGCUUGCCAACAAUAUUUCAGUUACCUCAUUGCAGACGCUUCAUCUUGAUGAUUGUGGAGGAUGGAGAAUACUUCCAUCUCUGGGACAUCUUCCAUUUCUUACAAAGCUGAAGUUGAGCAGCAUGCGGGAAGUAAAAGAAGUAUUGAUUCCUUCACUGGAGGAGCUAGUUUUAAUUAAAAUGCCGAAGUUAGUGAGAUGCUCAAGCACUUCUGUCGAGGGUCUGUGCUCCAGCUUAAGGGUACUGCAGAUCGAAGAUUGUGAAGCAUUGAAGGAGUUUGAUCUGUUUGAUAACGAUGAUAAUUCUGGAAUCACUCAGGGAUCAUGUCUGCCCGGUCUUAGGAAUUUGAUUCUGGAUUAUUGCCCUCAUUUGGAAGUGUUGAAGCCUCUUCCACCUUCAACUACCUUUUGUAAGGUACUCAUCAGAGAAGUUCCAAGAUUUCCGUAUAUGGAGGUAUCAUCUGGUGAAAAGUUAGAAAUUGGGAAUAUUAAUGAGGACAGAAGCGAUGAUUUUGAUGAAUCUUCUGAUGAGCUGAGGAUACUGGAUGACAAAACUUUGGCGUUCCACAAUCUUAGAAACCUCAAAUUGAUGGAGAUAUAUGGUUGCAGAAAUCUAAGGUCUUUUUCGUUUGAAGAUUUUAGUCAUCUUGUCUCUUUAACAAGUUUGGAAAUUGGAGCCUGUGAACAACUUUUCUCUUCAGAUGUGACGCCAGAGUGUACCCUUGAAGAUCUGACAGCUGUGAACUGCAAUGCUUUCCCAUCUCUUAAAAGUCUCAGUAUUUGGUCAUGUGGAAUAGCGGGGAAGUGGCUAUCGCUGAUGCUGGAGCAUGCGUCAGGCCUAGAGGAAUUAAGUUUAACAACAUGCGCACAUAUAACAACAGUAUUGUUACCAUCGGAAGAGGAAGAAAACAGUCUAUUAACAACAGUACUGUCAUCAGGAAAUCAAGAUGAGGCAUUGACAUGGUUAGCUCGGGACGGACUCUUGCACGUUCCAUCAAGUCUCGUCUCCUCUCUCAAGAAGAUGACUAUUGUUGAGUGCCCUUGUCUAAAAUUUAACUCGGGCAAGGACUGCUUCUCUGGAUUUACCUCGCUUGAGAAGCUUAGAAUUUGGGCAUCGUUGGUGGAUGAUGACGGAAGUGAUGACCCGGAGAAUGGAAGUUCUUUUGUGUUUGAAGAGGAGGAUCAACCCCUGGGGGCGAACGGAAGAUGGCUCCUCCCGACAUCACUUCAGGAACUUGACAUCGGGUUCUUGUGUUACCAAGAAACGCUGCAACCCUGCUUUCCUAGAGAUAUCACCAGCCUUAAAAAGUUAAAUGUAUGUUUCAGCCCAGAUUUGCAAUCUAUACAGCUGCAGUCAUGCACGGCGCUGGAAGAAUUGGAGAUUAGAGGCUGUGGAUCGCUCGCCGUCAUUGUACUAGAGGGCUUGCAACCCGUUGGCAGCCUUGGGCGUUUGAAUGUAUCAGACUGUCCUGGCUUGCCACCAUGUUUGGAGAGCUUUUCAACGCUGUACCCUCGGCUGGAAAGGCUUUGCAUCGAUGGCCCAUCUGUCCUUACCACGUCAUUCUGCAAGCACCUCACCUCCCUGCAAAGCCUACAACUUCAUCGUUUGGUGGAAAUGAGGAGCCUAACCGAUGAGCAAGAGCGAGCGCUUGUGCUCCUCAAGUCACUGCAAAAGCUCGAGAUUCAUUAUUGUUCUGAUCUCAUAGAUCGAUUUUUUGUCGAAAAGGACCACCUUCUCAAUGGAAUAGACAAAAAAGACCCCUUUUGA